AUGCACAACGACGGGGUGUACACACCGAUCGACCCAUUCAAGCCCCCGCUGUCCUACGGCAUCGCGUUCAGGCACCUGGAGCUAGGCGAGCCAGUGGUUGGCGGCGAGUGCAGUGGGAAAGUCAACCGCGACAAGAAACGAAAGCUCGGCCUACUGCUGGUUGGGGUGUGUCUGGAGGGGGUGGAGGGGGUGGAGGGGGAGAUGUAUCGGGAGAAGAAGAAGAAGAAGAGUGGGGAAGUGGGCCGUCGAGGAAGCACCCUAGGUCCGGCAAUUAGGAUCUGGAGUCUGAUGCAUGCGACGGUGAAUGGUGCGGUAAUUGGAGCAUCUGCCAGUCGAAUACCUCCAACGAAGGAGAUCGGCAAUGCAGGCAAAGUCGACUACUCAAGAUACACAUGGCUCACAGACUCUGUCAAACACUCUCCCUUCAAGUCUCAAGGAGACGUUGAAAGCAUCGACCACGACCCGCAUACAACGGAUGCCACUGACAGCACCGUGAAAUACGCCACCGCCUUCAUCCUUGACGCCGUGUCCCGCCAAAUCAACACGUAUCUUCUUCUCAGCGUCCCUCACUUCUAUUUCUCCCGCGUAACGCGCAUAUUUGAGGAGGCAUAUAUGUCGAUGCAUCAAACGGGGGGAUAUUUCACCUUUGAGCUGCAGAGCACAGGGCUAGCGUUCAUCGACUCCUUGAUGCGCGAGGGGGAGACUCAACAUUAUUUUUGUCCUGCUGCUUGGGGCUAUCUUGAAGAUCUUUCAAAUCGAGAGCGCAGCCGGCGACCUGCUCACGCGACAUUCGGCGCUCCUAUCAGUGGUGACCAUGCGCAAGACAUACAAGGCAGCAACCCUCCCAAAAAUUCGUCCCAACCACUCAGUACCUCGUCCUCCCCGUUAAGAGUCGCAAAAGUCAAGAAUGAGGAUAUAUUCUGGAACGUCUGGGUAUUCCUCGCGAUGCCUGCGACGUGGCUAGCAUGUAUAUGCCCAUUCCCUCCCACCCAACUCAUUACCCCUCUUACACCCCUUCCUCGCGUACCCGGGUCUGUGCUAGCCUUCAUUUUCUGCAUUCUAUCUCAUAUGGCGAACCGGCACCCUCGAAGACUCAGCAGCCGUCCGCGGUCCUCCAACACGAGCAGUGUACUUUAUGUUCAUUAUGGGGACGUUGAGGCGGUAUGGACGUGGCAGAGGCGAGUCGAUGAGUGGUUGAAUGACGGCGAAGCGGCGAAGCAGAUGAUAAAAGGAAACAAAGCUCAGUAG